AUGACAGAACCACACGAAACCCCCCCGAGAUCCCCUCCGGGAUCAUCUUUGAGAUCGACAACCCCCUUAAGAUCUCCCACCAUCCCCCGGGCAAGCAUCCAUGACGCCCCUGUCCAAGAGCCUACGGACGGCACCGAACACGAAGCGCCCAUGAACGAGGCCGAAGCAGAGCUGGCCCUGGCUGCCGAUGUGGAGGUACUACAAACAUCGCCAGCACCCGGCGCCGAAAGCUCGGCCCAGCCAAGCGAACGCGCAGACGCCCCGUCCCCCGAUUCCCAGUCACCCUCUGGCGAGAAAUUCGAGGAGAGCGUAGAUGACGGGAGAAUGGCCAUCACCAGCGGUAUUCUCCAGAAAAUCCUCGGAGACUGGGCCAUGCGUGGUCGUCCCGCGCUGCUCAUCAACGUCGUCUAUCAUCGCGAUGGGAACAACGAAGAUGAGCCGGAUUCAGUAGAGGAGGCCGUUCUUCGAGACCUCUGCGACAUGCCCCAUAGCGUGACGGUGUCCGAGAUCGACAGCGCCAUGACGGAUGCCCGCCGUAGGGCAUACGACAUCACAAUCAAUAAGGGUCUCGAAGAUAUCGGGUUGAAUUUCAUCAACUACGUAGUCCUUCUCUAUGUGUGGAAUCAGUUCCACACUUACAUGACGCGCGACGACUUCCCAUGGAAGGAUUACAUGCCGGUCGACAUGAUGUCGGGAGGUCCCGACGACGGAUUCCACGGCCACCGAAGCCUUCGCGAGAGGCAAAAAGCGGCUAAGGCGCAACGAGCAAUGGAGGCCUCGUCCUCAUCCCAGGCCAAGCCGACACCGGCCGCGCCCAACGCCAACAAGGCACCGCCGCCGCCGAGCCAUUCACACAGUGGCCAUCCUGGCUACGCGUACGGAGCGACUCCCAUGCGGCCGCCGAUGCAGCAGACUGGCAUGCAACAACAGCCCGACAUACAACAGCCCAUGCAACAGCCCGGCAUGCCCCCGCAGGACCACCCACAAGCCGAUGGCUUUGGAUACGGAUACGACACGCAACCCGAGGGCGGAUGGUGGAGCGCUGGUCCGCAGUGA